AUGUCGACCAGGCUCGAAAUCAAAAAGGCACAGUCUAUGCUCUUUCGGUUUCGAGAAGCACAAGCCGAUGAAUUGGGAGGUUAUAAAAAGAAUGCAAAACGUCCUUACUUGAUAUCCGAAGUCGCCACCCUCGCUGAAUGCGGCACCUGGAGAUCGGAGGUCCUCCGUGAAAUAUCAAAAAAGGUCUCCAAAAUACAGGAUCCCGGAUUGAAUGACUUCCAGAUACGAGAUCUGAAUGAUGAAAUCAACAAGCUGCUGAGAGAAAAGAACAGAUGGGAGAAUCGCAUCGUCGAGUUGGGAGGGCCAAAUUAUAGGCGGCAUGGUGGACGUGUAUUUGAUUCAGAUGGAAAGGAGGUUCCUGGAAAUCGUGGUUACAAAUACUUUGGACGAGCUAAGGAUUUACCAGGAGUGCGAGAGCUCUUUGCAGAAGAUCGUAAGAAUGUCAAGAUCGUCCAUUUAUACUAUCAUCCCAACCCUCAAACACACCCACGUUUGAUUAUAGCACAAGAUGAUGCCAAACGCACACGGCAAGACCUAUACAAGUACAUUGAUGCAGAUUACUAUGGAUAUCGUGAUGAAGAUGAUGGUGUUUUGCUAGAGUAUGAAAAGAAGGUGCAAAAAAGAAUGCGAUUGAGAGAUACUUCAAAUAAUGCAGAUGUCGAAAAUACAGAAGAGGAGACCAUCACCGAAGACGAACAAGAAGAACCAGCACUUGUUUCGCAUGCAUCAUCCGUUCCGACACAAAAGGAUGUGGAGGAUUGGAUUCUGAGAAGGAAGAAACAGGAACUUGUGGAUCGAUAUUUGAAGUAG